AUGUCAGCUUGGAAUAACAACGAGAUCUGGACUGACAUGGGUAAAAAGGUCCAAGGCUUGACCAUCAAUCAGUUUUUGAUUUCUCUUCCUUUAGGUCCAGUGGUCUACGUGCUGGACCUGGCCGACCGGCUCAUCUCUAAGGCUGGACCCUUUGCGGCAGCCGGCAUCAUGGUGGGCUCCAUCUACUGGACUGCCGUCACAUAUGGAGCGGUCACCGUCAUGCAGGUGGUCGGACAUAAGGAGGGCCUGGAUGUUAUGGAGCGGGCCGACCCUUUGUUCCUACUCAUCGGCCUGCCCACCAUCCCUGUCAUGCUGAUCCUCGGCAAGAUGAUCCGCUGGGAGGACUACGUGCUGCGUCUGUGGAGGAAGUACUCGAACAAACUGCAGAUCCUCAACAGCAUCUUCCCAGGGAUUGGCUGUCCAGUGCCUCGGAUCCCGGCAGAGGCCAGCCCCCUGGCCGACCACGUGUCAGCCACACGGAUCCUGUGCGGCGCCCUGGUCUUCCCCACCAUCGCCACCAUUGUGGGGAAGCUCAUGUUCAGCAGUGUCAACUCCAACCUACAGAGGACCAUCCUGGGAGGAAUCGCCUUCGUGGCCAUCAAGGGAGCGUUUAAGGUGUACUUCAAACAGCAGCAGUACCUGAGGCAAGCUCACCGCAAGAUCCUCAACUUCCCCGAGCAGGAGGAGCUGAAGCGGCAGCAACACAGUUCGGAGGGAGGACGCCCGGAUUAAACACACACAGUACACACACAGUACAUACACAGUACAUACAGUACAUACAGUACACACACGCAGUACACACACACCUCUGCCUUUAGGUGUCAGGGGGCGAAGGAGGAAAUGAACAAGUCAGACUCAGGAUCAGUGUCACCCGCACUUACCUGCUCCUCACCCCUCUCACCCUUCCUGGAGCCGCCAACAAAGGAUCCCAACUACCGCCGCUACACAGUUUUAACCUUCCGACACUUUCGGUAGGUGAAGACGUAUCAGACUGACACACAGAGCGGACAAUGUUUGCAGUCACACACACACACACACACACACACACACACACAUCUCUUCUGUAAGAGCUGGUGCCGAGUGGAUGUGUCACAUAAACUAAAACCUAUUGUAAACAUAAGUGUAUUUUAAAAGACAUUAAAUCUGUGGGGCAUG